GCGCUACAAGAAGUAGACACGUGGGUUUUGUUAUUUGGAGUGCAAGCAUGUCAGUGUACGCGAAAGCCGCGGAUAUUCUGGAAAGACUGGAGAGGAAUGAGGCAGCGGUGAAGACGCUCGUAUACAACAGUGGAUUUCGGAACAUCAAACAGCUGUAUGCCUUAGUCUGCAACACGCUUAAAUAUUCUGAUGUUCUUGAAGAGGUCAUCUCUGGCACCAGUCUGGUGAAAGAAAAAAAGGUCAAAGUGAACAUUGUCAAGGUGCUGGUAUAUGAUCACCUAUUUGGCCGGGGACUUAAAUGCGGGGGUGGAUGGAAAAAUCUGAUUAUGAAGCACCAUGUGAGAUUGCAAGCAUCACUUGCAAAGCUUAAAGUUAAAAGGAAGGUCUGCCAAAAUGAAGAUCUCCUUCAAAAAUCAGUUAGUGAAAAUCAAGGUAGGCCUCUGCCACGUUACGCCCGUGUCAACACUCUCAAAACAACUGUAGAAGAUGCAAUUGACUACCUGAAACGAGAUGGCUUUACCUAUCAAGGGCAGGCUAAAAGCCUGGAAGACCUUGGGCUACUAUCUGGAAAGAACUUCUGUUCAGAUUUGCACCUUCCAGAUCUCCUUGUGUUCCCAAGUAACACAGAUCUUCACGCUCACUUCCUGUACCAAGCUGGCCACAUCAUACUUCAAGACAAGGCCAGUUGCCUUCCAGCAUACCUCUUACGCCCGCCCCCUGGGGCCCAUGUGAUUGAUGCCUGUGCCGCUCCUGGGAACAAGACUAGUCAUCUGGCUGCUCUUAUGAGUAAUCGUGGGAAGCUAUUUGCCUUUGACCUUGAUCCCAAACGACUGUCUACUAUGAGCACGCUCUUGCUUAGGGCAGGAGUUACAUGUCAGGAGCUGGCUCAUGUGGAUUUUCUAAAGGUCAAUCCAGAGGACCCCAAGUAUAGUCAAGUGGAAUAUAUUCUCCUUGACCCAUCAUGUAGUGGGUCAGGUAUUGUAGGUCGAUUGAAUGAGCUUACUGAUACCCCUGCUUCAUCUUCAGAGGAGCGUUUGCAAGCCCUUGCGAGGUUCCAGCAGCUGUGCCUGGCACAUGCUCUUCGCUUCCCUUGUUUAAAACGUCUGGUUUACUCAACAUGCUCAUUGCAUUCUCAAGAGAAUGAGGAUGUUGUAGCCGCAUGUAUGCAACAGCAUGAAAAAAGCUUCAGGCUUGUGGCAUUGCUCCCAGAAUGGCCGGAAAGGGGCCGUGCUCCACUAACACAAUGUCUAAGAGCAAGCCAAAGCAAAAUGCUCACCAAUGGCUUUUUUGUGGCCAUGCUGGAAAAGAAGGAUUCUGAAGAGAAAGCGCAGCCUCAUGAACUAAUCUCUUCUCCGGCUUCGGCGGAAAAAAGGAAGGUGGCUACUGGUAACGCUGUCUCCAAGAAGAGGAGAAGGAAAUAGAAAAUAUGAGCCAUCCAGAACAAAAAGAGCCCGGCGAUAUUUGAAAUUACUUGAUCAGAGCUUUCUCUGGUUGUUUGUUCAACCUGAAGCCUGCAUAAGAAGAUUUGAGAGAUGUUACCCUUUUCACUUGUUGAGGAUUUUGAAAGUUGCAGAAAGAUGCCAGCUGUAAGGAAUCGUUGCAUUCUUCAAAGUCUCAAGCUUUUAAUGGAAGACUUAACAGUAAUGGAUAAAAAAUUAUUUUAAGGAAGCUGAACCAAUACCUUAAUUAAGGGUGAUGAAAUUCCUGUUGGUAUACAAAUCAACACUUCUGUGGUCUGUAUGAAUAUUUUAUAGUUUUGAGGACAAAUAAUGUAUUCUUAAAGACUUUCAUGUAUUCAUACAUUCAUUACUUGAACCCACUAACGCACUUUUCACAUUAUUUUUAAAUGCUGAAGAUUUUCUCCACACACUUUGACUUAUGUGGAAAUUGGUAUGAUGCUGAUUUGAGAGUGCCAAAUUUAUUUUUGUGCCUCGUCCAUCUGGAACUGAAAAACUCCACCAUACAAAAAUGCAUUCUUCUUUAAGGUAACGGCUCUACAGCAAUACAAGAAUAAAUGGCCAUUUUACCGGUUGUAAUCUAUUUAUAUAAUUCAUAUGCAGACACUGUACAUCCUGCCUCAUGACUGAUGUUGCAGUGCAAUGUAUACUGCUCCAAAAAAUUAAAGGAACACGUUUAAAUCAGA